AUGCUUCAAAACGAACCUCAAGCACUGUCAACUUUGCUAGAAGGAAAUGUGGAUACUAAUUUGUCAAAUUUGGGACAGAAUGGUGGAGUUUACAUUCCGCCCAAUGAGAUUCCUCUUCAAGAGGAGACAAAUCUGGUGAAUCUUCGAAGGACAAUAUAUCUGACAAUCAUGUCCGCCAGUGUAGAUUAUAAGGAAGCAGGUGAUAAGCUCCUUCAGAUUAUGCUUGAGCCAGGUCAAGAGAUGGAGUUAUGCGUCAUGCUUUUGAAAUGUUGUAGUCAGGAGAGGUCUUACCUCCGCUAUUAUGGUCUCUUGGGACAGCGGCUCUGCAUGAUCAACAGAAUCCACCAGGAAAAUUUCGAGAAAUGUUUUGUUGAACAGUAUUCCAUGAUUCACCAGCUUGAGACGAAUGAGCUACAUAAUGUAGCUAAGUUUUUUGCGCAUUUACUCGGAACAGAUGCCCUUCCGUGGCAUUGCUUGGCCAAUAUACGGUUAACUGAAGAGGACACCACUGCAUCUUCUCGAAUUUUCAUCAAGAUCCUUUUCCAGGAAUUGGCCGAACAUCUUGGUAUUCGUCUGCUUAAUGAGCGGCUAGAAGAUCCGGCAACGCAAGACUUUUACGACUCUAUUUUACCAAGGGACACUCCCAAGAACACCCGUUUUGCUAUUAACUUUUUCACAUCCAUUGGGCUUGGUGGCAUCACUGGGAACUUGUGUGAGUAUUUGAAGCACAUAUCACGCAUUAUCAUGCAACAACAAAAAGCAGCGUCUGGUUCAGACUCAGAAUCAGAGUUGGAUAGUUCUGAGACAGAACCAGUAUCAGAAUCAUCAAGUUCUGAAAGUGAAAGUGAUCACGAUGAAAGACGCGAGAAGAAACGUAGGAGAAAUUAG